AUAAAUACCCCUCCAUUACCCAUCUCUCCUCAUCCUUCAAGCAUACUUAUUAGAGAGUGAGUGAGUGACAGAGAGUAGCUGAAAAUCAAUAGACUCCAUUAUUUAAAAAAACAGAGAGAGUGAGAUGGCUUGUUUCCCCAUUAUUAACUUGGAGAAGCUUAACACUGAAGAAAGGGCUGCCACUAUGGCACAAAUUAAAGAUGCUUGUGAAAACUGGGGAUUCUUUGAGGUGGUGGAUCAUGGGAUAUCAGUUGAGCUGUUGGACACUGUGGAGAAGUUGACAAAAGAGCACUACAAGAAGAGUAUGGAGGAAAGGUUCAAGGAAAUGGUGGCCUCAAGGGGACUUGAUGCUGUUCAGAAUGAGAUCAAUGAUCUUGACUGGGAGUCAACCUUCUUCCUGAAACAUCUCCCUUCCUCUAACAUCUCCCAAGUCCCAGACCUUGAAGAUGACUACAGGAGUGUAAUGAAGGAGUUUGCAAAUGAGCUGGAGAAGCUGGCAGAGAAACUGUUGGAUUUGCUGUGUGAGAAUCUGGGGCUUGAGAAAGGAUACCUAAAGAAGGCCUUCUACGGGUCAAAGGGCCCUAACUUUGGCACCAAGGUCAGCAGCUACCCUCCAUGUCCCAACCCAGACCUCAUCAAGGGCCUCCGGGCCCACACCGAUGCUGGCGGCAUCAUCCUCCUCUUCCAGGACGACAAAGUCAGCGGCCUCCAGCUCCUCAAGGACGGCCAGUGGGUCGACGUUCCCCCCAUGCGCCACUCCAUCGUCAUUAACAUCGGCGACCAGCUCGAAGUGAUCACAAACGGGAAGUACAAGAGCGUGAUGCACAGAGUGAUAGCGCAGACGGACGGGAACAGGAUGUCGAUAGCGUCGUUCUACAACCCGGGGGAUGACGCGGUGAUGUAUCCGGCGCCGGAGCUGGUGGAGAAGGAAGCGGAGGAGGACAAGGAGAAGUACCCCAAGUUUGUGUUUGAUGACUACAUGAAGCUCUAUGCUGGGCUCAAGUUCCAGGACAAGGAGCCCAGGUUCGAAGCCAUGAAGGCCCUUCAGAGCUCUCCCAUUGCCACUGUUUAAUGCUAUCUUUUUAGCUGCUGAGAUUGAAGAAUUAUGAUGAUGGAAUGUGAUGUGAUGGUGCUACACCACUCUUUUAAGUCUCUGCUAAGGUUGUCUGUGGG